UAUACUCCUAUUAACAAUACAAUUGACAUUUUUGUAUUUCUUAUAAAACGUGCAAUAAUGAUUAAAACGUAUGAAUGUCCAAAGAGAUUCUCAAGCUGACACAUCUUUUGGCUUUAAGUCAAUUCGCAAUUGCAUGGAUCGAAUAUGGGUUAAAUUUUGGUUAUUAGUCUAGUAACUCAACAGAGAAUUCAUGACAUCAUUAAUUAACACCGGGUGAAUUAAAAUCCGUAGCACUCGAAUAUGCUAUAAGACUAACUGAUAAACCACUAAUUCCAGGUCAUUCGAAGAAAAAAAAAUAUGCUAUAUGUAAAUAAUGUCCGCGAUUUUUUUUAAGAAUAAUACUUUAUUGUAUUUGAAUAGCAAUGUAUUGACAAUUACUAUAAUUAUUUGUGUAAUGAAAAAUGCAUCAUAAUACUGCAUAAUUGCAUAGAAUUAUUUUAUUCUAUAACACUUACCAGCAAAAUAUAUUAUGAACUAGAAUCCAAUAUUUUAAUCAUGAUUUUGCCUAGAAAAUUAUAAAUUAUAAUUCUGCUAGCAGUAAUAACAGACUAUUGCAAUAAGACUGUUGUAUCCUACAAUAGAAAUAUCUUUGAGUAAAUAUAGAUACUUUCAACUUAUCAGAGAUAAGUCUCCCCACAUUAUCAAAAUUAUCCUCCUACUUUUUUUCAGUGCAAAGUUCGCAUUGCUCAAGACCUUAUUCAGCAUCUCUAGGAGCUACAGUUAACAUGAAAUUUAUCUACUUUAAAGUCCUUUUAGUUUUACAAAUUUGUUUGUCUGUAAAAACAAUUGAUGGAUAUACUAAUGCCUUAAAUAACAGUUUUCCUGUCAUAGUGAUUACAUGGGAUUACAAGGAAGCUACAGAGAAAGCAUGGAAUGUGAUUCAUAAUAAAAAAGGAAGUGCUUUGGAUGCUAUAGAAGAAGGCUGUUCUCUGUGUGAAGAGCUACAAUGUAGGAAAACUGUAGGUUUUGGUGGUAGUCCAGAUGAAGCUGGAGAAACUACAUUGGAUGCUAUGAUUAUGGAUGGAGUGACAAUGGAUAUAGGUGGAGUAGGAGGCUUGAGGAAUGUGAAGAGUGCCAUUUCAGUAGCUCGUAAAAUAUUGGAAAAUACCAAGCAUUCUUUGCUAGGUGGCGACUUAGCUACUGACUUUGCCUUGAAGAUGGGAUUUAAGAAGGAAUCUUUAGAAACUGACGAGUCUAAGGACAUGUGGCUGCAAUGGAAGUCAAAGAAUUGUCAACCCAAUUUCUGGAAGAAUGUGUUGCCAAAUCCUACAAAGAAUUGCGGACCGUAUCAUCCAGUAAGCAACAUGGAACACAAUAGCAAUAAUGAUGAAGAUUUGGUAAUUGGAAGUGAAGAAAAUCAUGAUACAAUUGGCAUGCUGGCAAUCGAUUCAGAAGGGCGUAUCGCAGCCGGUACUUCAACGAAUGGCGCUAGAAAUAAAAUACCUGGUCGUAUCGGGGAUUCUCCUAUUGCUGGCGCUGGUGCUUAUGCCGAUCAAGAAAUCGGCGCGGCAGCUGGCACCGGUGAUGGGGAUAUUAUGAUGCGAUUUUUGCCAAGUUUCUUGGCCGUAGAGAAGAUGCGUUAUGGUGCAACCCCAACUAUAGCUGCUCGAGCAGCGAUUAACAGAAUUGCUCAACAUUAUCCCACUUUUUUUGGCGGAGUUAUUGCGUUGAAUAAAAAUGGAGAAUAUGGUGCAGCAUGUAAUGGAAUGCCCCUAUUUCCAUUUUAUGUUGCGAAUUCUGCCUCGGAACUGAAAUUGCUCCGAGUGGAGUGUAGUAACUACUCACGAGAGGAAUAAUACAAAUUGUUCAUAUUAAAUAACGAAUUGUCUAUUCGUUUAAUAGAUGAAAUAAAUAAGACUAUGUAAAUCAUAUAAAAUGUCUGAAACAAAAUAAAUAAUAAUGUAUA